GUUGAGGACACUGGGAAAGUCAAAGAACAUGACCCGCAGUGUUCUCAGGGUUCUGGAGGUGUGGGAGGGAUCUGUGACAUCCACCGCAGCGCCUGGUUGAUCGGCGAACUGCAGGGGUCCAGCUUUGAACUCACCAGGGGGGUCGGAGAUGGUUGAGUACGGUUCUUUCCAUGGUCUUCAUCAGACCAUGAGAUGCUCUACAAUAAACACAGUUGAAGGUGAAAAGACAGAAACAUCAGAGCAACUGAGAUGUCUCAUAAGAAGAAGAAGAAGAAAAAUGGCGUACCUGACAGGUGGCUGGACUAUUGUCCUGUAGGACGCAGGAUACCAGGAACUCGCUUCAUCGCCUUCAAAGUGCCUUUAAAACCGUCUCUGAACUCUCGUGUUGCAGAGUCUGACUCCUUCAGUCUGUGGGAGCUUCUGGACUCUGUGCAAAGUCAGAACCAGGAGCUGGGUCUGAUCAUCGAUCUCACCUUUACCACCAAAUACUACCAACUGUCGGACGUCCCGCAGACCUGCUGCUACGUCAAGAUCCUCACAGAAGGUCGCCGCGUGCCCCCCGAUGCUGCCAUCCUGAGCUUCAAGCAGGUGGUGACACACUUCCUAAACGAGAACCGCGAUAAUGACAAGCUGAUCGGAGUCCACUGCACACAUGGCCUGAACCGCACUGGAUACCUGGUCUGCAGGUACCUCAUCGACGUGGACGGGCUGGAACCUGAGGCAGCCGUGGAGCUCUUCAAUGCCUGCAGGGGGCAUCGCAUCGAGAGGCAGAACUACCUGCUGGACCUGCAGCAAGGCGCCAAGAGGAGCAACGCUGGCAUCGACCAGCUGGAGCAGGAGCCAUCCAGAGGACUCGCUGUGGAGCGAGUGUCUGGCUCCGCCCCCACCCAGAGACCGCCGUCAGGCCCCACCCCCACAGAGACACCAACUGACCCCACAGAGGAGACGCAGACACCAGGUGAGAAACGACCACCUGGCAACCGCCGUCGCCGUGGAGCUCGGCAUCGUCGGGGCAACAAGCCUCCACAGAGCGGCCUCCUCCCCACUCCUCCACUGUCCGCCUACCAGUGGAGCCCCGCCCCUUCGUGAUAUCCUGCUCACUUCCUUGGAACACCUGGAGCGGCAAGAACCGUCCUGUUAACAAACCUCAGAGACACAUAGUGAGUCUGUGAGCAGACGCUGACGUGUUUCCUGAUUGAUAGAGUGUCAGUGACUGGCGCCUCCACCUGACAGGCAGGUUUGUGUCUUUGCUAAACUUUUGCAGACGGAGCCGAUAAAGUUUUAUGUUCCAAGUCUGGAUGAUUGAGAAGUGGCUAAUUUAUUAGUUAUAGUUCUUCAACACCGUUUGAGCAGCUGAUGUUUCUGUUCACAGAUGUUGUUUUCAUAAAGAUUUAAUAAAAAGGUCACUUUCUUCAAA